GAUGAUGAUGAUGAUGAUGAUGAUGAGAUGAAGAUCAGAAUCAAUGGAGGACACAAACUGGACAUAAAGUGUCGUUUUAAACUCACCCACCUGUCCGCAGUGUCGACUCGCAGCAGCAGCAGCAGCAUCAUGUGUGUUUAUUACACACAUUUAAACAGUGCUGUGAGACUGUAGGAGAGCCGAGACCUCACAUCUACAGGAGUCACUGCAGUGGAGGAGGGCGGCCAUGAUGGAGGACACGGAGCCGGAGCUUUCCCCCGCCCCCUCUGAUCGGAGCAGCCCCUCCCCCUCCCUCUCCCUCUCCUCCUCCCCCUCCCUGUCCCUCCCCUCCACCCCCUCCUCCUCCGCCCCUCCCCAGGCCUCCACCCCCCCCCUGGGUGUGAUCAGUGAGGGCGUGGCAGAGCUCAGCCUGGUGAUAGACGCUGAGGUGGCUCAGCGCGCGUGUCGGGAGGUUCUGCAGAAGGUGAAGCUGCAGCAGGUGGAGCCAGACGACCCCCUCCCGAACGGAGAGGAGCCCCCCGACCCCACCCCAGACCCGGUACCGCCCCCCGCCCCUGUCCCUGCCCCCGCUCCUGUCCCCGCCUCUGUCCCUGCCCCCGCUCCUGUCCCCGCCCCUGCCCCCGCCCCCGCCCCCGCCCCCCCUCUGAACGCCACCGUCAAACCCUCAAAGAUCCGUGAGGAAGAGGACAACCCCGAGGGCGCGGCUCCUGGCUCGGUGAAGAGCGCACGGCGGCGGCAGAGGACCAACCCCUCCAAACAGUCGUGGCUGCUCCGCCUGUUCGAGUCCAAGUUGUUCGACGUUUCCAUGGCGAUCUCCUAUCUGCACAACUCCAAGGAGCCGGGGGUGCAGGCCUACAUCGGGAACCGCCUCUUCAGCUUCCCGCACGACGACGUGGACUUCUACCUGCCGCAGCUGCUAAACAUGUACAUCCACAUGGACGAGGAUGUGGGGGACGCCAUCAAGCCCUACGUGGUGCACCGCUGCAGACAGAGCAUCUCCUUCUCCCUGCAGUGCGCCUGGCUGCUGGGUGCGUACUCCUCAGACAUGCACAUCUCCACACAGCGUCACUCUCGAGGAACCAAACUGAGGAAACUGAUCCUGUCAGACGAACUCAAACCAGCGGGGCCUCGAGCUCGCAGGGACCAGCUGACUCUGACCCCCUUCUGUCCUCUGGCGGUCCCCGCCUCGGGCCCCGGGCCCCUGGGAGCAGAGCACGGUCUGUCCCCCACCAAACGCACACAUCAACGCUCCAAAUCAGACGCCACCGUCAGCAUCAGUCUGAGCAGCAACCUGAAGAGAACCUCCAGUAACCCCAAGGUGGAGAGCAGCCAGGACGAGCCAGUGCGUCUGGCCCCUCAGAGGGAGUUCAUAAAGUCUCUGAUGGGGAUCGGGAAGCGCCUCGCCACUCUUCCCACUAAAGAGCAGAAGACUCAGCGUCUGAUCUCAGAGCUGUCGCUGCUCAACCACAAACUGCCGGCCAGAGUGUGGCUGCCCACCGCCGCCUUCGACCACCACGUGGUGCGAGUGCCGCACACGCAGGCCGUCGUCCUGAACUCUAAAGACAAGGCUCCGUACCUGAUCUACGUGGAGGUUCUGGAGUGUGAGAACUUCGAGACGUCCAACGUUCCCAUGCGGAUCCCGGAGAACCGGAUCAGGAGCACGCGGUCUGUGGAGAACCUGCCGGACUGCGGCAUGACGGCGGAGCAGCGCGCCGGCAGCUUCUCCACCGUCCCCAACUACGACAACGACGACGAGGCCUGGUCGGUGGACGACAUCGGAGAGCUGCAGGUGGAGCUCCCAGAGAUCCACACCAACAGCUGUGACAACAUCAGUCAGUUCUCAGUGGACAGCAUCACCAGUCUGGAGAGCAAAGAGCCGGUGUUCAUCGCUGCUGGAGACAUCAGGCGGCGUCUGUCGGAGCAGCUGGCUCAGACCCCCACCACCUUCAAACGGGACCCUGAGGACCCGUCAGCUGUGGCCCUGAAGGAGCCCUGGGAGGAGAAAGUCCGGAGGAUCAGAGAAGGAUCUCCUUAUGGUCACCUUCCUAACUGGAGGCUGCUGUCUGUCAUCGUUAAAUGUGGAGACGACCUGAGACAGGAGCUGCUGGCCUUCCAGGUGCUGCAGCAGCUAAAGUCGAUCUGGGAGCAGGAGCGCGUCCCCCUCUGGAUCAAGCCCUACAAGAUCCUGGUGCUGUCAAUGGACAGCGGGAUGAUCGAGCCGGUGAUGAACGCCGUGUCGCUCCACCAGGUGAAGAAGCACAGCCAGCUGUCUCUGCUCGACUACUUCCUGCAGGAACACGGCGCUCCCACCACAGAGGCCUUCCUCACCGCUCAGAGGAACUUCGUCCAGAGCUGCGCCGGAUACAGUCUGAUCUGUUACCUGCUGCAGGUUAAAGACAGACACAACGGGAACAUCCUAUUGGACGCUGACGGUCACAUCAUCCACAUCGACUUCGGCUUCAUCCUCUCCAGCUCGCCCAAAAACCUCGGCUUCGAAACGUCCGCCUUCAAACUCACCACAGAGUUCGUAGAAGUGAUGGGCGGUGCAGACGGCGACAUGUUUAACUACUACAAGAUGUUGAUGCUUCAGGGUCUGAUCGCAGCCAGGAAACACAUGGACCGAGGGCUGCAGAUAGUGGAGAUCAUGCAGCAAGGGUCCCAGCUGCCCUGUUUCCAUGGCUCCAGCACCAUGCGAGGUCUGAAGGAGCGGUUCCACAUGUCUCUGACGGAGGAACAGCUGCAGCUGCUGGUGGAUCAGCUGGUGGAGGGAUCGAUGCGCUCGCUCACCACCAAACUGUACGAUGGCUUCCAGUACCUCACCAACGGCAUCAUGUGACCCUGUAGAGAGAGAGAGAGAGUGUGUGUGCGUGUGUGUGUGUGUGUGUGUGAGCGUGUGUGUGUGUGAGAGCAGCAGUGAACAAACACAGACUGGUUUUAUAAGCGGAGACGACGAGCGGCUCUCUGUCUUUAUUUUCUUCUUUUCUCUUCGUCGUGUUUCGUCGUCUUUUCUCUGGAAGAAUCGAUUUAUUUUCUCGUGUUCGUCUCGUUUGGUUUCAUCUCUUCCUCUUCCUCUUCCUCAUCCUCUUCUUCUUCCUUUUUUUCCACAUGUGGGCAGAGGCCCCUCAUUGGCUGCUCAUUGGACUCUUAACCAAUCAGAGAGCAGCAGUUUUAGUUUGAAAUGUGAACACUGAGCAGAUUUACAGGACUGACUCUGAGCAGGAAACAUUAACAGACUCUUUAAAGGACCAUUCCGCUGUUUUUCAUGUUUUAGCCCUUUAACUGCAAACCAGUGUAAACCAGUGAUUCUGUUUGUGUUCUGACCCAUUAAACACCUCAGAGUGUCCAUCUGCAGCUCCUGUCACUGUCUCAUGUCUGCUGCUUCUCACAUUCAUCACUUUAUGUUUUACACUUAAUGACUUUACAAUGUUUUUCCAUUUUAUGUUUGCAGUAUUUUUAGAUAUUUAAUAUGAAUUUCCUGUCUGCCAGCUACAAAGGGCAUGAAUGAAGACUUUUGUAUUUUCCUCCUGAAUUAAACUCUAACAUUCAGCUUCAUGUAGAAACAGAUAACUGAAGAAAUGUUCUGGAUUUAAAGAAGAAGAAAGUCUGAAGAUGGUUUUCAGUUGUUUGAUUCCACUAGUUUUUAUAGUUUAAGUUGAUUUCUGCAGCCGUGAAGAACCUCACAUGAAGAAUUCAGAGUUUAUUUAAAACAUUUAAACUUCAUGUUUGGGAACAUUAACUGAAUAAAAUCUUCAUUAUUUGAUUUUCUGAGCUGCUGAAGAGAAAACAAACUUUCACACAAUAAACAUUUAAAACUGAAAUGGACAAACAUGAUCAGAUACAAUUCCAUGAAUGUUUUUUUUUUUUUUUUUUUGUUAAUGUUUGAUUUAAAAUGUUUGUGCAGAAAGUUUCUGUUAAUGUGAUUAUUAAUAAACCAAAGCAAUGAGCCUUCACACAGCUGUGAGUCACAGUUUGAACAUGAAUCCGACUUCAGACUGAAGGAGGAGCCGACAGGUGAAGCACGACGCAGGUGUGUCACCUUUAUAUUCUCAGGCCUCGAAUUUCUCUUCGUUUAUUAAAAAGAUGAA